CGGGGGCCUCUUUCUAUGAUGGUGAGUCUAUUUCUCUCCCGGCUACGGGGGGGGAAUGUUCUGUGUUCUCAAUAACUGUAUUGGAAAGACCUGAAGAGAUGUGUGGAGGGCUGUUACGAUAUAAUGAGACAGCGUGCUUUAAGAACAAACAAUCGUGUAGAUCGAAUCACUGAGGUGAUGGAAGAAUGAAGUUACCACAGGAGGCUCUUAUAGCCAUAGUGGCAAGAAAUAAGGAAACGAUCUUCUGUACUCCCAAUUUGCCGACCAUGUUUGUCACCAGCUCCCUGUUGGAAAGAUGGAACAACAAUAUGAUGUCAAGAUUUCGAUACUGAUGUAAGUAGUAUCCAGUCAUACGAACUACUUGAGGGCAAUACUCGACAGUGGCCCAUGCCUCAACUACCUUUCGUAUCAUCAUACUAAUCGAACUGAUUUCACCAUUGGAUACUCGGCACGGUCAUGAAUUGCUAGCAAUUGCUAGCAAACACUCGUGUCAGUGAAGAUAACGAUAAAGGAAAAUUUUCAUCUGAAAUCACAACUGGUACCGGUAGAAGUACUCGCGAUUGAAAAGAAGGAACGGGAAAACCUGAAAUCGAAAUUCAAAUCAUUUUCUCUCCUCGAGACAGCUCUCACAUCAAAACGACUGCAAAUGGUGAAGCAUACCAUUCCUAUCAAAACCAAAAUCGAUCAAAUAUACUGAAAGGGAUUAAAAGAGAAAACACAUAAACGAGAUGGAGCAAAAAUCUUCACCGAGCACUUGGAUCCCUACAAAAGAUUAAACGGAAAUCGCCAACACAUGGCUUGCACCUGUACUUCGUCGUUCAACCGAUUCAUUUGUAUCGAAUUAAACAUGACGGGUGCACCUUCAUCCCUCGACUUCUCUCGCCGAUUGCUGUUGCAAGCAAAACACGAUCAUUCAUUUCGAAUCGUUUCAGAUCCGCAGCUCACAAAAUCGGGCACCGUCUAGAACGAAGCAUACGUCAAAGAGUUCAACUGAUUUCAUAAAUUCCAUUUGCACAUUGUCACUCACUAUCAAAACAAAGAUGAAAACUUCCACUCCAAGUAGCAUUUGCCGAAGCUGUCUUCGCACAUCAUUGUCCAUCUUGAUUCUCGUCGUUCUCGCCUCGUGUGUGAAUGCAGAAAGCGAAUGGCAGCUCCGCAAAAGAGACCUCGGAUUUCGCGGUGGCAGCAACCCUGAAAAAACUUCAUUCGGGGUUAUUGGAUCUCUCGAGAGCAAGGCAGGUAAAUCCGAUAAAUCCAAGGAAGGUAAAUCAAGCAAAUCGAUUGCAGAGAAGACCAGCGAUUCCAAGGCAGGUAAAUCGUACGCAUCCAAGUCCGACAAAUCUGACAAAUCGAAGGUACCCAAAUCAGACAAAUCGAAGGGAGAAAAGUUUAGCAAGUCCAAGGCAGAAAAGUCUCUUCCCGAUAAAAAGUCAAAAGUACCCGCUGUUGAAAAGUUGUCGAAAUCGAGCAAAUCUAAAACUGCAGACUCGUCAACUGACCAUGUACCAGAAGGAGGAGCUGUAGACGAGGGAGCUGUAGACGAGGGAGCUCUCGGCGGCACGGUCACCCAGUCGCCUACUGCCGUACCUACCGAAGCGGUUUCUUCCAAGGCAUCGAAAUCAGUUGGCGUGAAGAAGUCCAAAGCGCCCACCGAAACAAAGGCAUCGAAAUCACUCAGUUCGAAGAAGACAAAGGCGCCGACCGGAGAGGAAUCAGGAGGACUCAUCGAUGAUGGGGCUAUCGACAGCGCAGCCACCACGGUGCCUUCUUCCAUGACCUCUUUUGGCUCCAGUAAUACGAGCUUCCCUCCGAGCCUCUAUCCUACUACUCGCGUAACCACCAAAUUACCCUCUGGUUUUCCUACCAGUUCUCCUUCUGUUUCUCCUUCGACUUCUCCGUCUACAGGCGCACCAACUAUUGGCGGUGAUGAGGGAAAAAAGACGAAAGCUCCCAAGGGAGACAAGAAGCUGAAGUCCGCUGCUUGAGACAGCGAUCCGAGUGUCAAUUUCUACUGUAGCAACAGCCCCGGCUUGCAGAGCGGGGAAGGUUGCAGAACAAUCUAUGAAUUGCAAAAGAAUCCUUACUUUGCAAUAUCCGUGGGACAAAAAUGAGAAACGUAUAGGUGUCGGUCCUCUAGAUCUUUUCGUGCCUGAAACAGGUUUUUAGUCAACAGAUUUUAAAUUGAAUGAAUCGUGUUAUUUUCUAUCACCUCGCUCUCUGACCUGAGCUUGCGAAGCCCAAAAUCUUUACUGCUGUUAGUAUUCGAACACCCGACACUAGAUUCGUCUGACUGAAGAGAUUUUUGUGAUCAGGCAGACCGAUCUGUUUCUAUGAAUGACUAAACUGCUUCCAAAAAGAAAUCAAGGAGGCUAACGAUCUGUGUGCUAGUUUCAAAUACCAAUCGAAUGCAAAAACGUCAAGAACAAACCAGGGGCGCUGCCCGAUACUGUAUGUUUAUGUCGCCUACACUACCCAAUGCCAAAGAAGCCGGUGAUUUCUAUAUCUGUGACGCCAUUCUGGGUUGUGUUCGUUGCCGCACCGAUUGAUUCAAAUCUUGCACAAACCGAACCCAAGCACCAUUUCGUUCGUUUGCGUGCGUGCUCGUCUGUACCACUAGGCACGUUUGGUUCGAUCAAUGGUUCUCUGGGGGCUUCGUUUUGCCGUGCCGAACCGAACCACGCUGUCCGAUCCGGGUGUCGUUGAUCCGAAAAUCAAAUGCAUCACACCCCUCAUCCACCCUGCAAUCCAAGCAAACCGAACCACGCUGUCCGGUAAGGGUGUAUUGAUUCGAAGAACAAAGGCAUUGCACCCCUCGCUCACCCUUUGAUUUUCACCAACCAGACUAGGCUUUCCGGUGCAGUCGUAGUAUUCUUCAAAGAGGGCAUGUGUUGCCUCUUUGAUCCAAUCUCUGGACAUCCUGCCUCUGAGGCAUCGGUUUUUGGUGAUUGAUCGGUCGUUUUUGGUGAUCGAUCCGUCGGAUCUUGGACGUUUUUGU